UAAAACUCGACCAUCUCUACUAGCAGUUGUCUUUUUUAGGACAUCGAUGUCCGGGGAGCAGACGUCGUCGUCGCCAUGGCCCAGUUCGAGGAGGUUCUGAAGGGAGUGCAGCUGGCUCUGACCUGGGCCUCUGCUGCCGAGAUCCAGGCUCUACUGGAGGGUUUGGUGGAGGAGCGGAUCAUCUCGGAGGCCUACGGGAAGAGCUUGAGUCUGCACCGACUCGCUGAGGGGAUCGCACCUGCAGCAUGUAAACCAGGGUCUGAUUAUCUGAUGGGUUCUCAAGGAUCUACCACCCAGUGGCACCUCAACCAAGGCAGCCAGGUGAGCAAAUGUGGGCCAUCAAUGUCUAGAGACCACAACCAGACAAGAUCAGAGUCUGUAUGGUCAAUGGAUGAACAUGACAACAUAGUGUCCAGGCCACUAUAUGAAGUUGUUCACGAAAAUAGUGUAAUUGAGGAAUUAAGGGGGGGACCAGUGAUGGACGAACACUACCUCAACCACAAGCUCUCUUCUACACAGAUAUGCGACUACCAAUGCGGUCUCACAUUAGACAAUGAAAUUGCAGAACUGCUGAGAAGUGCAGAAUUAAUGCAGAAGCCAGUAAGUGAUAAUGAAAGUGUAGAUGAGGGGAAUUCAGAGGAUGAGAAGGAGUGGUUAGAGCAGGUAGAGCAGGCGGCGAGAAGGAUAGCUCUCCCUCUGUGGCAGCACUGGGACCGAGGACGGAGGAUGUUGCUGCCCCUGGUUCCUUGUAUGACCGCUGGCCGUGCAACAAGUGAAAAGACAGGGACAGAGAGUGAAGCACAUUGCCCUUUGUUGAAUAUGGAAGAGGAAGCAGAGCUUGCAAUCGCUUGCAGGACAUUAGAUUUGUACGCUGACGUCUUUACAGAGCUGGAGGUCACGGACCCAAACUUCACACUGGAUUCAGAAGGAGCGCCAAGAGGCCUCCAUUUCUCUACGGGCGACAGGGCGGCGACAAUCGGAUUGAACACGGAUAACUGGUACACCUGUGAAGCACGAAGAAAUGCCUCACCUGUUCAAGCGUGUGCAGCAGCUAAUGACAGCAUCACAGACAGGCUGGGGGGAGAUCUAGAUGCCUUCUGGAUGGCCGACAGCACAACAGACACAACAGAGGACCUGCUCUGUCUGAUGGGGGACGUACAAAGUGGCGCAGGAUUUGCAGAAGACAUUGCACAUUUGUUUUCUCCCUGCACACCUACAGACACUCAUACUGACGCACAAGACUACUCAUUUUACUCCGACACAGAUCACAGCAUGACAUUAGGCGUCAUGGACAGUGUAGAAAAUGUUUUCAGGGCUGCUUAUGGUACAAGAACGUGCAGCGCUGACGGAAAAGCAGACUUCCACAAGAACAAAGAGGAUGAAGAGAGGAUGGAUUCACUCUGGGGUGCCAAGAUGCAGGAAGUGGAUCAGGACCCGUUGAUCAGUUCUUUCUGGGGAGAUCUACCAGAUGAAUGUUUAACUGAAAUCUUGAAUGAUGAUGAUGAACUGUGGAAGUUUUUGGAUGAAUCCCUGGGGAAGUGUUUGGAUCAUGAAGAUAUGCUCUUUGACGAGUCGUUUUGGAAUUGUGAGAAUGGACUCAGCACCUGCUGUGAUCUUCCCAGGGCACCAGAGCUGCCCAGCCCAGACAGCCACCAGCUGGGACAGGAGGAUAAAGUAACAGGCAAUACAAAUACCAGGAGAAAAAGAGCCAGAGUUCCCCGGUCACAACAGUGCACUGAUGAGAGCACACCAUCUAGGCCAAAAAGGCAAAGAGCAGCAGGUCGACAAAAAACCAAAGAGGCACAGGCUAAGCCAACUGUCACUCAAGGGUCAGAGCCAAGUCCAGCAGAGACCCCGGCAGACCCCUCAACCACUCCACCCAGAAUCCUUCAUCUCCAUCCCUCCAUUCAGUUCAUCACCAUCCCAGACACCCCAGGAUAUCAGGUCAUUAGACUUCCACUCCCCAAUACAGCUGCUACACCUACCUACAUAUUAGUUCCUGCUGCCUCACCACCCUUCAAACAACAAGUGCCACCACUCUCCCCGACGAACGGUGCGGUAGCGCCAGUCCAAAUGAGCUCAUCCCCAACAGGUACUCUGUCAGACACCGCUAGCAAAGCCGGUGUGCCCCCUUGGGCCUCACCCCUCUCCCCCAGCAAUGAGAUAUCUACGUCUAAGGAAUCCCCUCUCCCUCAGUCUCCCACUGUCCUGGAUACUCCACAGGUUGUAAAGGACUACAUUCAGGAAGCCAAAGCCCAUAUGAGUCAAACCUGCCAGGAUAUGGGGUCAGGCCUUAGCCUGACUUCUCAUUACGUAGAUGUGCAAGUGAGCCGGAGAGAAGUUCUUCGCUCUGGAAAAAACACAAAUAAAGUCCUGGACAAAGAGUUAGUCAUCAUGGGAGAUACAGAUCGGCAAAAAAGCUUGUUGGAGCAGAGUCAAAUCUUCGAAGGCUCAAAUGGAGACAAACCCAAAAGCUACAUUUUGCUACUCGGCAAUGCUGGCAUGGGAAAAUCCACCCUGAUCAGGAAACUGUGCCUUGACUGGUCUAAAGACUGCUUCCCACAGUUUGACUUUGUCUUCUUUUUAGACGGCAACGCGCUCUCUUCAACGGAGGCGACCUUUAGCCUCCAGACCCUCCUGUUAAAUCUCUCCUCCUUUGCCCCUCCCUGCAUGGACCCUGGAGCAGUGUACGCUCAAAUCCUCGCAGCUCCUAAGCGCGUGCUCGUCAUUUUUGAUGGGUUCGGUGAGUUGCGGGACCUUGAAAUUCUUCUCCAGACUCAAGAAAAAGACUUGGUAACGUCAUUGCUGAAAGACAGUAAAGCACAGAGCUACACAGUAAAACAGUUAUAUUCUGGCAUCCUUCAGAGGCUCCUCCUUCCAGGCUGCACUCUUCUGCUCUCUACUCGACCAAGAGGCACCGCGAGCCAGCUACUCCGGCGGACGGACAGCCUUUUGGAGGUGUGUGGCUUCAACCCUGCAAACGUAGAGACAUAUUUGUCCCAGUACUUCACCGAUCCUGACCUCAGAGCACCUGCUUUGGACUGCUUAAAAAACUGCAGCUAUCUACGUCUCCUCUGCUGGAACCCUGGACUGUGUCGGUUGGUCUGCUUGGUUUUAGAGCAGUGCAAAAGUUCGGAAGCCCUACCGAGAACUUUAACUGGGCUCUGCCAUCAAGUACUUCGUCUGACAAUGGAAAAGGACAGUAAGAGCUCGCCCUCGCAGGAUGAAACUCAAUCAGAAGUAUCUGUGCAAUCAGAAGAAGAAACCCAGACGCAAAUCUCGAAUAGUUCUCAAGUGAGUAGGCGUCGCAAAACGUCCAGAGCACCGGUUCACACUGGCUCUCGCACCCGAAGAGCAAGGGGGUCAAAAAGACAGGAGCUAGAGGAAGAUGACGUUGAUGGGGAUGUAGACAGAACAAAGGAGAGAGAGUUGCUGUCCCAGCUGAGUUCUUUGGCCUGGGAGGGGGUGAAAGCAAACUCCUCCAUCCUCCCCACAGGACGGACCAUAUCUGCCAAACUCAGGGCAUUCGGCCACAGGACGGGGCUCUUCUUCUCUUACCACCUGAAGACGAGGUCGGUUGUCUCAAGUGGUGAGAGAGAGGGAGGAGGAAGAGAGGACAUAGAAGAGACGGGAACAGGAGAGAAAGGACAAAAGAGGGGAAACAAGGGGAGGACCGACAAUAAAAAGGCUCAGACCGGUGACGACCACAUCCUGUUGUGGGCCAACCCUUUCCUUCAGAGUUACCUGGCAGGCGUCCAUUUGUCUUUGUCAAAGACCGUAACAGACCGUGCCUUCCUCCAGACCCUCCCUUUCCAGUCGAGCCAGAAGGGUCGUCGGCGGCCUCAAAGGGAGGAGCUCGAACUCACUCAGCAAUUUGCAGCUGGUCUCCUGUUCCACAACAGGACAGAGCUGCCAAGGCUUCACUCCUGCACAGAAACAGCAUUCAGAGAUAUGGUGGCCGCCAAGCAGGCUUUAGUAACAAAACACCUCGAGGGUCUUUCCCACGGUGACCUAAGCCCUGCCCAGGUUCUGGAGGCUUGUCACUAUGUUUAUGAGGCGAGUUCCACGCGUGGUGAUGGUAACAGAGACUGUGGCAGCGCACGAUUAGUCGCUCACCUGGCGGCGAAUCUUCCAGAAGUCUUGACAUUUAACGGAGUUCCGCUCAAGCCGUCGGACGUGUUCGCCGUGCAGAACGUUCUGGAAAGGGGCGGAGCUGAAGGUAGAAGGUUCUGUUUGGAUCUGGAGGAUUCUGGGAUACAGAUUUUGGGACUCAGAACUCUGGUGGGGCUCAACAACAUCAACACAUACAGGGCAUGCAUUGCUGAUGUCAUCACCUUAUGGGAGCAGCUAGAGCAGAGUGGCGAAGAAGGGCUCCUACAAGGGUCCGUGUCCAAAUUCAAGAUCCACCCUCUGAAAGCGACACAGGUGUGUCACAUAGAGCACUUGGCAAAGCUGGUGAACAUCCAUACGCACAAGAGGCUGUCGGACAGUUCCAGCCAAUCAGAUUCCAUCCUGGCGGAGGGAGUACCAGCAGUCAGAGAGCUACACAAGCUGGAGUUGGGGCUUGGUCCAGAGAAAGGUCCCCUGGUUCUCCCCAAGCUGUGGGAGCUCCUGCCAGGUCUACAUGACCUACAGCACUUAGAUCUAGAGAACAGUAAGAUAGGCGACAAAGGAGCAGAGAAACUGGCCGAUGUUUUAGUCUCGCUUGGUUCCCUUGAGAUACUCAAUCUGUCACAGAACUGUAUAGGAGACCAGGGGGUGAAGAAUCUGGCAACCAUGCUGAGGGAUCUGCCCAAACUGCACUGUUUAAGUCUCUACAGUAACGUGAUUUCUGACGAAGGGGCAGAAACUUUAGCAGCUGUCCUCCCACACAUGGCUUCGCUCACUGACCUGGACGUGAAGUAUAACAAGCUGACAGAUGUUGGUGCACACAGCCUGGGAGCCAGUCUGAGAAACUGUAGUCAAAUGAAGACUUUGAGGAUGUGGAACCAGUGCAUUCCCUACGGAGUGUUUGAGAGACUUCAACAGCAGGACAACCGGAUCCGUUCGCAGUAGAACGAUAUGAAACCUCUACAACAGGGCUAUGGACUUUUAAUCGUGCAUCUCACGCGUACAUGUUUACACUACACAAUACAUUUUCCAAAGCAUGUUUGUUUAAGAACAGGAACAGGAACAAAGAGAGAGUUAAAUAGAGAGAGAGAGAGAGAGAGAGAAAGCACAUGAAAACAAACCAAAAAUGGAAAAUUCUUCGCUGCUUUAUUCAACAGUUACCACUUGGCGCUACAACAGGGAAUGAUUCAGCAUUACACAGUGCUGCAUGUGUGUACUGUAUGAGUUUGUGGUACAAACUCAAAAAGCCUAUUUGCACUAUGAUACUUGUCUUUAUUAUAGAUGUGUUUCCUGUCUGAUGUCAUCGCCCUAGAGGCCUGCUGUCCUGUAUUUGAUGUGUGUUCUUUUAUUGCGACUUUAACAGUAUUUUUGUUUGCACUGACUCUGUGGCUGUAAAUGAUGGAUUGCUUAACAAUCACUUGGCACUUUAAUAUAAAUAAAAUGUUUUAUGUUGUCACCUGAUGCAUUA